GUACUACUUUACAAACUGGCAUGGGACUAGUGAAAACGAACCCUCGGUGUGGAGACAUUCCCCAAGGAAGGCCAAGAACUCUUACGAGAAGAAGCUGGCACCAGAAGGCACCCCUAUACUUGAUGCAAGCUCAUUAGAAUACAUCUUUGCACAGGGUCAGUAUGACUUAGUGAAAGGCCUGGCACCAAUCCGUGAUCCUAAAAACGAUCAAGAGGUUCAUGAAAUUGAAAACGAAUGUCUGGGGAUGGCUGUUCUUGCGAUCUCUCACUAUGCCAUCAAGAAAGACAUGAAGCUUCCGGAGCUUCCCAAAGAUAUCAGUUAUAAGCAUUAUAUUCCUGAAACUUUGAACAAGACUAUCAGACAGAGGAAUUUCUUAACGAGGAUUCGGAUAAAUAACGUUUUCAAGCAUUUCCUUAAGGAGUUUAACAACAAAACCAUUUGUGACAGUAGUGUGUCUCCACGUGAUCUGAAAGUUAAAUACUUAUCAACAAUGGAGACCUUGACUAAACAUUUUGGAGCAGAAAUCUUUGAGACUUCAUUUUUGCUGAUUUCAUCUGAGAAUGAAAUAAAUAGAUCUAAUUGUGGAGACAAUGAGAUCCUCCCACUAUAUGAAGUCAUUGUAACAGGAAACAAUGGAAUUCAGUGGAGGCUCAAGCCAAAGUCUGUACAGACAGAGAAAGAGAAGAAGAAAAAGUCCGAUGGCAAAACCAAGAAAGAUGAAGAAAAACACAAAAUUCGAGACUCGUGGAACAAUUUUUCCUAUUUUCCUGAAAUCACCCAUAUUGUCAUCAGGGAGUCUACAGUUAGCAUUAACAAGCAGGAUAACAAAAGGAUGGAAUUAAAGCUGUCCUCACAUGACGAGGCCCUGUCGUUUGCGUCGUUGGUAGAUGGAUACUUCAGACUUACAGCAGAUGCCCACCACUAUCUCUGCACGGAUGUGGCUCCCCCGCUGAUUGAGCACAACAUAAAGAAUGGAUGCCACGGACCCAUUUGCACGGAAUACGCCAUCAACAAACUGCGGCAGUUUGCAGGAAUGUAUGUGUUGAGGUGGAGCUGCACAAACUUCAACCACAUUCUGAUGACAGUGACUUGUUUCGAAAGCUCAGAGAUGAUAAAUAAUUCAAUCCAGUACAAGAACUUCCAGAUUGAGGUGAAGAAAGGCGGGUACUUCCUACAUGGUUCCAACAAGUCUUUCUCAUCCUUAAAAGAGCUGAUGGAUCACCUGAAAGGACAAAUACUUCGGACAGACAACAUAAGCUUCACACUGAAGAGGUGCUGCCAACCAAAACCAAGAGAAAUCUCCAACUUGCUGGUUGCGACCAAGAAGGCGCAGGAAUGGCAGCCUGUUUAUCACCUGGGGCAGCUGAGUUUCCAUCGAAUCCUCAAGGAAGAAAUCGUGCAGGGCGAACAUCUUGGGAGAGGGACGAGAACACAGAUUUACUCAGGGAUUCUCAACUACAAAGAUGAUGAGAACGAAGGCUAUCAAAAUGAAAAAGAGAUUAAAGUCCUCCUCAAAGUCUUGGACCCCAGCCACAGAGACAUUUCUUUGGCCUUCUUUGAAACGGCGAGCAUGAUGAGGCAGGUGUCUCACAAGCAUAUUGUCCUCCUUCAUGGAGUCUGUGUCCGGGAUGUCGAAAAUAUCAUGGUUGAAGAGUUUGUUGAGUUUGGGCCUCUGGAUCUGUUUAUGCGUCGGAGGAGCGAAGUUCUGACAACUCCUUGGAAAUUCAAAGUUGCCAAGCAACUUGCAAGCGCACUAAGCUACUUGGAGGAUAAGGAUUUGGUGCAUGGAAAUGUGUGUACGAAAAACAUCCUACUGGCAAGAGAGGGAAUUGACACUGAAUAUGGUCCUUUCAUAAAGCUGAGCGACCCAGGAAUACCAAUAACUGUGCUGUCCAGACAAGAAUGCGUUGAGCGGAUCCCCUGGAUUGCACCUGAAUGCGUUGAAGACUCCAAGAAUUUAAGCGUUGCAGCAGAUAAGUGGAGUUUUGGUACAACGCUGUGGGAAAUCUGCUAUAAUGGAGAAAUACCACUGAAAGACAAGACGUUAGCAGAGAAGGAGAGGUUCUACGAGGGGCAUUUUGUGUUGGCAACACCGUCGUGCAAGGAACUAGCUGACCUGAUGAAACAGUGCAUGAACUACGACCCCCAUCAGAGACCCUUCUUCAGAGCCAUCAUGAGAGACAUCAACAAACUGGAGGAGCAAAAUCCCGAUAUCGUCUCGGAGAAGAAGCCCGUUACAGAGGUCGAUCCCACUCUCUUUGAGAAACGAUUCUUGAAAAGAAUACGUGAUUUGGGAGAGGGCCACUUCGGCAAAGUCGAACUCUGCAGAUACGACCCAGAAGGCGACAACACAGGGGAGCAAGUGGCAGUUAAAUCUCUAAAGCCGGAGAGCGGAGGGAAUCACAUCGCUGACCUCAAGAAGGAAAUAGAAAUCUUGAGGAAUCUCUAUCAUGAGAACAUUGUCAAAUAUAAGGGAAUUUGCACAGAGGAUGGAGGAAGUGGGAUUAAACUCAUCAUGGAAUUUCUUCCUUCGGGGAGCCUGAAGGAGUAUCUCCCACGGAACAAGAACAAAAUCAAUCUCAAACAACUUCUGAGAUACGCAGUUCAGAUCUGCAAGGGAAUGGACUACCUGGGCUCCUGUCAGUACGUGCACCGUGACCUGGCAGCAAGAAACGUCCUCGUUGAAAGCGAGAACAGAGUGAAGAUUGGAGACUUUGGUCUCACCAAAGCCAUCGAGACCGACAAGGAGUACUACACUGUCAAAGAUGACCUUGACAGCCCUGUGUUCUGGUACGCUCCGGAGUGUCUGCUCCAGAGUAAGUUCUACAUCGCCUCCGAUGUCUGGUCAUUCGGGGUGACGCUCUACGAACUCCUCACCUACUGUGACUCGGAGUCCAGUCCCAUGGCAGAGUUCUUGAAAAUGAUCGGCCCCACGCAGGGACAGAUGACGGUAGCGCGGCUGGUGCGCGUCUUGCAAGAAGAAAAGCGUUUGCCACGUCCACCCAGCUGCCCGGAGGAGGUGGACCAGCUGAUGAGGAAGUGCUGGAUAUUCAAGCACGAUGAACGGACAACCUUUCACAAUCUCAUUCAAGGAUUUGAAACAAUUAUGAGUAAAAUGUAAUUAUUUUUUUUUAUACUGUAAGUACUUUAAAUGUGUGUCAAAAUAUAAAUGUCCAGGACCUUUUGUUUAUUGUUUUGUUUUUUUUUUAACUACUGUAAUUUG